AUGUCGAAUCCAUUACUGGCCGGCAAUCGCGACGACCCUCUUAUGCUGUUGAGUAGCCAUCACCCCUCCUCCCCGAUCGCCGUUUCCGAUGCCGACAGCUACCUCCUCGACGCCUACCAAUUUGGCAGCGCCUCCAGUAGCCUACAGAACGAAGCCGGCUUCCUCGGCGGCGGUUACGACCCUGGACUGAUCAGCGAAUCUGAAUACGGAUUCUCCAGGCCCGAUUUCAGGCAGGAACCGCUCGUGGGGACGGUGGAGAUGUACGAGCGCCACGUGUUCCUUUGCUACAAGAACCCUCAGGUCUGGCCUCCCCGCAUUGAGGCUGCUGAGUUCGAUCGCCUGCCCAGGCUUCUCGCCGCCGCUUUGGCGGCUAGGAAGUUUGAUAUGAAGCGAGAGACUCGCUUAACAAUAUGUGAGGGGCAUGACGGGACCGAGACAUCAAAUGGUGACGUGUUAAUCUUUCCAGACAUGACCAGAUACAGGAGAUUAACACAUUUUGAUGUUGACACAUUUGUGGAGGAAGUGCUCGUGAAGGAUGGGGAGUGGCUCCCUGGAAGUCCGGAAACUCUGAGGGGUUGGUACAUCUUUGUAUGCUGCCACGGGUCAAGAGAUCGACGUUGUGGUGUUUGUGGGCCAUCUGUAAUGAGUAAAUUCAAAAAUGAGAUCGAGCUGCGUGGUAUACAAGGGAAGGUGUUUGUUAGCCCUUGUUCACACAUAGGAGGUCAUAAGUAUGCAGGCAACGUGAUAAUUUUUGGACCGAAUAUAAAAAAGGAAGUUACAGGACAUUGGUAUGGGUAUGUCAUGCCUGAAGAUGUUCCUCUUUUGCUUGAACAGCAUAUUGGAAGAGGAGAAAUAGUAGAUUUCCUGUGGAGAGGACAAAUGGGACUAUCAGAAGAAGAACAGAAAAAAUGUCUGGAACAGAGGUCUAUGCUUAAUGGCGGAACAAAUGCAGAUAGAACCACUAAAGAAACAAAAGAAGUAGCUGCCAGCUCAUCAUGCACAUCUGGAUCUGAUGUGAAAGGUUGCGGUCAGGCGAACGGUGGCUUCUCCUGCUGUCAGAGUCCUAUUCUGCUAGAAAAGUGCGGGGAUUUUGAUUUCGAGGAGGUUGCAGCAAACUGCAUGACAGAUGAAAAAAAGAAGAAAAAAUCUAAAAAUCAAAUUUCUCUAAAUAAUGUGGGGAAGGGGACUCGUAAGGUAUCGUCUAUGCCAAUGUGGUACGAAAGCUGGGAACGUGAGGAUACGUACGCGGCCCUUGCUGUUGUGGCUGCUGCCUUGUCAAUUGUAUUCUCGUACAAAUGUUUCAAGGAACUUAGCUGA